AUGGGCCCGGCCCCAUCGCUGGCCAGAGCCCGGCUCGCGUGCAGCCUCCUCUGGGCGCUGCUGGGCGCGGCGCUGGGCGCGGCUGGGAGCAGGCAGGAGACUUCGCUUGGCCAAGCCCUGGGCCUGAGCGCCAAGCCCGGCCCCGCGGCGCCGGCCCCGGUGCCCUCCGUGCUGUGGCGGAUCUUCCAGCGGCGGCAGCUGCAGCCCCCCGGGGCCAGCGCGCCGGACCGCGCCUGCCGGGUGGAGGAAUUGAACGUGCCUGGGAACAUCAUCCGCGUCUUGGCUGACCAAGGCCACUUCAUUCACAGUGGGGAGCCCAAGACCUUCCUGUGUCUGGAGAAACGUCUGUACUUUAAUUUCUCUGUGUUGGAGGAGGGGGAGCAACUGACAAUGGCUCAGCUGGAGAUCAACUUCAGCCACAACUCCUAUCACACUUCCAGUGGCGGGCAGGUCUUUGAGCUGCAGCUGUACCAAGCCCUGCAGAUGUCUCUGCGGGGAAUGGCCUCCCACAUGUACAACCACAAGCUGCUGGUGGCACAAUCCUUUGCACAGCUACACAAGUCCCUCCUCUUCAACCUGACCGAAGUGGCAAAGGGCUGGCGAACCCCCAGCAAGAACCUGGGCUUAAUCCUGGAGAUCUCUGUGGGCAGCAGGGACAGCGCCAUGGCCUUGCCGCCCCGAAGGCUGCAGAACCUCUGUGCCAGCAUCGACUCCUUCCUUGACACCUCGCUGUUGGUGGUGUCCCUCAAUCAGAAGCAGUGCCAGGCCUCCAGGAAGAGGCGAAGUUCCUAUUAUACCCCAGUCACCCCAAGCAACCUCUGCAAACCAAGGCGGCUUUACAUCAGCUUCAGUGACGUGGGCUGGGAGAACUGGAUCAUCGCGCCGCAGGGAUACAUGGCCAACUAUUGCCUUGGGGAGUGUCCCUUCCCACUGACGGCAGAACUCAAUAGCACCAACCACGCCAUCCUCCAAACUAUGGUGCACUCCCUUGACCCAGAAGGAACCCCCCAGCCCUGCUGCGUCCCAGUCAGGCUGUCCCCCAUCUCUAUCCUGUAUUACGACAACCAUGAUAACGUGGUGCUGAGACACUACGAGGACAUGGUGGUGGAUGAGUGUGGCUGCAGGUAAUGGAGCUGCUCAUCGAGAUGUGAAAUGGGAAUGGUCAGUGCCUGGAGUAACUGGGAUUUUUGAUGUAAUAGGUCAAAAUGUAUUAUGUCUCCUUUGUGUGGGUGGGUAGGGACCCUCUCUUCCAUCCCUUGGUGCUGUUAAUGGCAGAACUACCCCUUUGACACAUUGUUGAAAAAUGCAGCCUCAAGGGGGGAGCUCUUGACUUCUGGCAUCAAGAGGAUAAUGCAGUUUGGGAUUCUAAUGUAAUGCUGAUUGGCUGGAGGCAUCAGACUUCCAAACUCCCUGGAGCCUUGCUGGGAGCCUGGUGAAAUCUAAGAGUGAUAGUCUGAGCCUCCUCCCUCCCCCCCGUGUCCCCUAGUACUGAGCAGAGGAUGUUGGCACCAGCUCCUUAGUCCCAGCACUCCUCUCCCUCUUUCACCUUCCUCAAUUCAGACCUGGAGGCACUGGUGCGGUGCAGUACUGUAUCCAUCCCGUAUGGCUGGAGCUGGUGCCCAUGACACUGAAGAAUGAAUUCUGCUUGCCCUUCAGUGCCCCACAGCUAAGCUUGCCCACGCUUGCAGGAACAGUAGCAUUGUCCACCCUUGCUCUAAGGAGCAGCACUGGAUUCUCAGCUUCUUGAGCCAAGUGGCGUGAGCCUAGCAUGGAUUUUUUUCCCCCCAGAACAGGAAGACAGUGACUAAAUUCUGCCCUCUUUCCAGUGAGUGAAGAAAUGACCAGGGCUUCAGUUUGACUGAGUUCUUUCUCCUCCACUGGGCUGUACUUCAACUAAAAUAUCACCUGGGCCUGAUACCACAUUGCUCUUGAAAGGGCAUUACUGCUACCAGCUGUUAGAUGUCAGGACAGUGGGGCAUGGGGAAUUGAAGUGAAGUGUUUUCAGACUGAGAGCUCCUAGCAAUGUAAACACGCCUUUUUGUGGUGAAGAGGUUGCCUAAGAGCUCAGGCUCUGGCUUUUGAGUAAGGCAAGAAUCCUGGCUUGGGAAAUUUGGCCUAAAUUUGUUUUUUUAAGGGGCCAUCAAUUUUGGGUGUCCAUCUUGAUUGAGGGAUGCUGAGCACUCACCAAUCCCACUGACUCAUUGCAGGGGGGAAAAAUUCAAGCAGCCAAAGUAUUUCAAAACAACUUAAAGACAAUUCAUUGAUUCUUGAAAAGUGUUACGUUACCCAUUGAGUGUGAAUCCAGUCUACGGCGGGCAAGCAGGCAGAUGGCUGCAGAAAGCAGUAGAAAGAUGAAUAGACAAAAGUCUCCUUUUAAAAUGUGUUUUCACCUUGAUUAUUGUCAGAGUUCUCUAGUAAUAGGGAAAGAAAAAUAUUCCCCUCCUCCUAAUAAUUGUAUCUUUCAUAAGUCACAUUGCACUAGCUGAGCAGCCAAUGCCUAAACAACAUCCUAGUGAAUAAAGGGGGGUGGGGGGAAGAGAGGGGUAAAGCAGUGGCUUGCGCAGUUAUUUAAUGCACUAGCCUGGCCCCCGUGGAGCUCUGAGGACUUGGCUCAGUGAAAGUCUCAUUUUAGCCUGACUCCAGUUGACUCCGUACGAGUUUAACACUGUUUGUAGCAGGAACUAGGACUGCUUAGUCCUGUCCUUAUUGCACUGUUUAGACAGAUUACGUAUGUUAAGGCAUCAGGGCUAUGUCCAAUGGAUCUGAUGGACCAGCCAUGGCAUAUCAAGUUUGCUGUAUUCAAGUCAGUGGGGUGAGGACCCUCUCCCUCUUCAACACCUCCAAUGACAGGUACAAGAUGAAAACCAGGAAAAGGGAUGACUUCUAAGUACAGAAUUUCACAGGGCUCCUUCAUAGCAGCAAUGCUCAGCCUGAAGGCCAGAGGAGCAGGGGCAGUUGAAGUUUGAGUAGGUCUCCCCCUGCACGACUAUGCACAGAGUGCAAGCCAGCCCUGUUCUGAAAGUAAUCAGUUUAUUAGCUAGUGCCGGGGGCUAGGUGGCUGAGGGAUGGCCUGUUUUCUUCAAAGUGGGACUUAUGUUAAAAUGAGAUUGGGGGGUGGGGGGGGGUGUUUGAAGUCUUAAAGUAGCCAUGCUUGAAGCAUGGGCAAGGUUGCCAGCUCAUUCCUGUCUUUAAAGUCAUGCCACUGAGGUGCUGCACUUGUUAAAAGUAAAUCAACCACAGCUGCUCAACUGAAGCUCUGAGUCAUGUGACUUGAGUAAUCCCCACUUUCCUCCCCUUCCAGCUGAAAACUUCUGGGGAAGUGCUAAACUCUCCCCCUUGCACUGAAGUGUUUCAGUGACUGAAUUUUAGACAAGUUAUCACAACAGAACCCUCCCCAUCCCCCACCCUUCCCAAGGCACCAAGCACUGAACCUCCCCCUCUUCUGCUGUAGCUAAAACAGUGUAGCAGUUGUGAGCUACAGGCACAGGGCCCUACACGUUAGAUCUGUGCAUGGUGGCAACCUCUAUGGGUGCAUGUCAAACUGGAGCACAAAGUGAAGUUUUGCUUUUCAGUGACAAAUACAGGACAAUUAUUUUAAUCAGUUUGGGGGGGGGGUUGGGGGGGAGACAAGGAGCAAGGAAUCUGAAUUAGACUUGAAACUGUUUUUUAAAUGUCAGUCAGAUUGAAAUUAGUGGAGACUUGGUUUUUUGUAUCUACCUUGUAAUGUGUCUAUUAAAGGUUUCACUAAGUAUUAACAGGAAAGACCUUUGUCCCUGUGGAGAAACAAAAAGGUUUAUCCUUAUUUUAAUUAAUUUGCACAGACAAUGUACUUCCCCUACCUUACAUAAUGAAUGUGUUGUGCUACUGGAUACACCCAAAUCUUUGUUGAACAGGAGCAAGUAAGGCUGAGUACUUUAAGGCUACCACAGUUCCACACAGGUGACCUGCUGUUAUGCACUAACAUUUUCAGGUACCCUCUGCACCGCCAUUUAUAAAGGAAUUAGAUGCUAGUCAGAUUAGUGACUAUGGUUUAUAAGAUCAAUUACUCAAGUUUAAUAUUUUAUAAACUCCAGUGGCUAGCCCCAUCUUAAAGAAGUCAGUCAAUUGCUUCUGAAAAAAAACUAGAAAGUAACAGUGA